UCGUCAGCAAUACGAGAAAAUGCUUUUGAGCAACAUACCAACUCAGUUACAACAACAACAAACAGCAUCAGCAACAUCGCCACAAAGCCAACUUCAGCAGGAGAAGCAGCAGCAGCACCAGCAACUGCAACAUAGUCAACAGGAAAUACAAAUUUUCAACAAUAACAAUAACAACCACUGCUACAACUAUAACGAUAAGAAAAAUCUGAAUUAUCCACCCGCCAACGUGACUCAGCAGCUCCCGACAUUCGCGACAACAACAGAAACGCCCACCACCGCCGCCGUCGCUGUGGCCGCAGCCGCUGCAGCCGCCACUUUGUUGCUUAAACAAACUCGCGUAGCAACAAGAACAACUACAAAUACCAACAACAGUAAUUCCUGUGUUAGCGCCACGGAUUUCUCAAUCGCUGCGAUAAUGGCGCGAGGCGCAAAUGCCUCGAGCCGCGAACCAUCCGAAAGGAGUUUGAGCCCCGUUUCCGUGGAACGUUACCCCGACCCGGAUGAUGAUGUCGAUGUGGAUGUGGUCGAUUGCAGCGACUCCGAAUCGACCUCGGCGCGUCCAAUGCGUGCCCAUCACCGGCACCAACUGCAACAGCAACAACAGUCACAGAUGCACCAAAAACUCCAUAAGCAUCACCACCACAGUCAUCAGCAUCACAGUACCAGCAAUAAUAUCAACUCCAAUGGUGGCAAUGGUAGUGGCGCUGGUGAUCAGCAGCACAUGAGCCGCAGCAGCAGUCGAGGGCGCACUUCCCCACGCAGCCCCAACAGCCCCACAGCCCAUGAUGAGGAUCGCCUGUCGCCAGAGCCAGCGCAGGUAAAACGCAAAUCAGCGCCGAAAAUUGUUGGCUCGUGUAAUUGUGAUGAGUUGCUGCCGGUGCAGUGUCACCUGGAGACGAAAGAGUUGUGGGAUAAAUUCCAUGAAUUGGGCACCGAGAUGAUCAUAACGAAGACGGGGAGACGCAUGUUCCCCACCGUACGUGUCAGCUUCUCAGGUCCACUGCGCCAAAUCCAACCACCUGAUCGUUAUGCUGUGGUGCUGGACGUCGUUCCUAUGGAUUCACGGCGUUAUCGUUACGCUUACCAUCGUUCAUCGUGGCUGGUCGCAGGCAAAGCGGAUCCACCGCCUCCAGCCCGACUUUAUCCGCAUCCAGAUUGCCCUAUAAGUGUGGAAGCGCUAAGGAAGCAAGUGGUCUCUUUUGAGAAGGUGAAACUGACAAAUAAUGAAAUGGAUAAAAAUGGACAGAUCGUUCUUAACUCCAUGCACCGUUAUCAACCACGCAUACAUUUGGUGCGACUCGCUCAUGGCCAGAAUAUACCAACAAAUCCGAAAGAGCUGCAGGAUCUGGAUCACAAAACUUUCGUUUUUCCCGAAACUGUAUUUACUGCAGUUACGGCGUAUCAAAAUCAAUUAAUUACGAAACUGAAAAUCGAUUCGAACCCAUUCGCAAAAGGAUUCCGUGACUCAUCACGCCUGACUGAUUUUGAUAGGGACCCCAUGGACUCAUUUCUACUCGAGCAACACCUUCGCUCACCGUUGCGCUUCUUUCCCGAUCCGCUCAUGGCACAACUCUCGCCACAAGAGGCCGACGCCGCAUCGCUGGCGUUUCUCGAGAAAGCCCGUCAGCAUCUACAACUGUUCGGUCGCUCGCCAUACACGGAAAUGCUACUGCCGCAACUCUAUCAACGCCCGCCCGUACUGAACGCCUUCAAUAUUGGCAUGUGGCAGCAACAGUGGCCCCAACUUACCGCCGGUUUCAUAGCAAGCGCAAAUCAACAGGCAGCAGCCGCACAAGCUGCCGCCGCCGCUGCUGUCGCGGCAAAUGCGUGCCGCACACCGCCGCCACCGCCACCAUCGACCAUAAUGGUUGGCGUGCCACAGCCUCCACCAGCUACCACGCCAUCUUCUUCUGGUUCGGCCUCACCUGAUAUGCGUAUACGACACUUUCAGCGCUACAGUCCGUAUCAGGUGCCGCAGCAGCAGCAGCAGCAACCGCCACCACUAGCGCGCACACCACCGCUUUGAGGGGCGGGCUGACAGGGGGUGUAAAAUCGUGCAAUCUAAUAUUUUCGAUAAAUUUAUUGAAUUAAUUUUUUGGUUGGGAAAUAUUGUUGGAAAUAUGGAAGUUGUUGUUAUUUGGGUACGAUGUCAGUGUUGCGGUGUUGCUGGCGGUGAUUACAUGGAGAGACAACAGUGGCAGAAAAGUUUCUGUUUAAAUGCAAAAUAACUUUGUAUGUCAUUCGAUGUGUGUGUCUGGUAUUUAAAUUUAAAUAUAACAAAAUUAAUCAAAAGAACUAGCAAUUAUUGAAAAUUAUAAGAACUUUGCAUGAAAUGUAAAAAAUGAGCGAUUACAGUAUUAAA